AUGAACGCUUCCAGGUCUGCUUCACCGCUCGUGGCAAAGGCACUGAGCGCCAAGAGCCCCGUUCUUCAGCUCCUCCUGGAGACCUGCAAUGGGCUCCCCCAGCUGAAGGUCGUCCACGCCCACAUGCUCCGCAGCCAGCUCAUCGCUGACGUCUUCUGCGCCAGCCGCCUUCUCGCCUUCUGCGUCGACCCUCCCACCGGCGCCGACAGGCCAUCGCUUCUGUACUACGCCGAGAAGGUCUUCUCCCUUGUGGACCAGCCCAAUCUCUUCAUGUACAACGCCAUGAUCAGGGGCUGGUCUGGCCACGGCGGCGACCCAUCGAGGUCUCUCGAUCUGCUCCGCCAGAUGCUGCGCAUGGGCCUCCGACCAGACAAUCUGACGUUCCCCUUCGUGUUCAAAGCUUGCGCGGCGUUGGGCUAUGGCGGGAUGGGAAGACAAGUUCAUGGGCAGGUCGUUCUGGUGGGGCUUUGGGGGGACCCUUAUGUGCAGAGCUCUCUGCUGCACAUGUACGCUCGUUGCGGGAAUGGCGGCGCCGCCAGCCGGCUCUUCCGUGAGAUCGAGCGGCCCGACGCGGUUAUCUGGACGACCAUGGUCCUGGUGUACAGUCAGUGCGGGGAGCUCCUCUCUGCGCGGAAGAUGUUCGACGAGAUGCCGGAGAGAAAUACGGCGACUUGGAGCUGCAUGAUUUCCGGGUAUGCCAAGAAUGGGCACUUCGAGGAAGCGCUGGAUUUGUUCCGCAGCAUGCAGCUGGAGAAAGUCAGGGCAAACGAGGCCGCAAUGGUCGGCGUCUUAACUUCCUGCGCCAAUCUGGGGACGCUGGAGGGAGGGAAGAUGGCCCAUGAAUACAUGGUUCGGCACAACAUCGUCCUGAAUUUGAUCCUCGGGACGGCGCUGGUGGAGAUGUACGCCAAAUGUGGAGACAUUCAGCGGGCGAUUGCCAUCUUUGAGCAGCUCCCGGAGAGGGACUGGCUGAGCUGGACGACGAUGAUAACAGGCCUGGCAAUGCACGGGUGCACCCUGAUGGCACUGGAGUACUUCUCCAAGAUGGUUGGAGCAGGGGUCGCUCCGAGGGCGAUCACAUUCACCGCCGUCUUAUCUGUUUGCAGCCAUGGAGGGCUAGUCAGCAGAGGCUUUGAGCUGUUCGAGAGCAUGAAAAAGGACCACAGAAUUGAGCCCAGAAUGGAGCACUAUGGAUGCAUGGUCGACCUCUUGGGUCGUGCGGGGAAACUCCAAGAAGCCGAAAGAUUUGUGCUGGAAAUGCCUGUGGAGCCUGAUGGUUCUAUCUGGGGUGCGCUUCUCGGAGCCUGUAGGAUCCACAGGAACUCUGCAAUGGGGAAGCGGGUAGGGGAGAUACUGACCCAGUUACAGCCUGAACACGGUGGCUACUAUGUGCUCGCGUCAAACAUCUGCGCCAAGGCUGGUCAAUGGGAAGGUGUUUCUGAAUUGAGGCGUGCAAUGAAGGAGCGGGGAGUGAAGAAGGAACUGGGACACAGCCUCGUAGAGUUGGAUGGCCGGGCCCAUCUUUUUAUCACGGGGGACAAGUCUCACCCGGAGAUUGGAAAAAUUGAGGAGAUGUGGGAAGAGAUUCUUCAGAGGAUAAGAGCUGCCGGGUAUGUGGGCAGGACAGGGGAGGUGUUGUUCGACAUAGAGGAGGAGGAGAAGGACAGUGCUCUGGCCAAGCACAGCGAGAAGCUCGCCAUAGCUCUUGGGGUGAUGAAGACCGGCCCUGGGGCCACGAUUAGGAUUGUGAAGAACUUGCGAGUGUGCGAGGACUGCCAUGAGGUGACCAAGUUGGUGUCUGAGGUUUUCCAUCGUGAGUUCAUUGUGAGGGAUAGAAACCGUUUCCACCAUUUCAAAGGUGGCAAGUGCUCUUGUUUGGAUUAUUGGUGA